AUGGCGGGCCCGAGCCUGCGGCCACACGUGCACUGGGCGCAGCGGCACCGCGAGCUGUACCUGCGAGUGGAGCUCAGCGAUGUGCAGAACCCCGACAUCAGCAUCGUCGACAACGUCCUGCGCUUCAGAGCUCAGGGUCAUGGUGCCAAAGGGGACAACAUCUACGAAUUUGAGAUUGAGUUCCUAGAACCGGUUGAGCCUAAACCUGUAUGCAGGGUGACUCAAAGGCAGCUGAACAUCACUGUGCAGAAAAAAGAGAGUAACUGGUGGGAGAGGCUCACCAAGCAAGAGAAGCGCCCGCUCUUCCUGGCUCCUGACUUUGACCGCUGGUUAGAUGAAUCAGACGCUGAAAUGGAACUGAAGGAGAAGGAAGAAGAAAAGAUUAACAAAAUGAAAAUAGAAUCCAGAGUCCCAAAAGACCCUUUCAGACACCUGAAGAAGGGCUACUUAAUCAUGUAUAAUCUUGUGCAGUUUUUGGGAUUCUCUUGGAUUUUUGUGAACAUGACAGUACGACUGUUCAUCCUGGGCAAAGAUUCUUUCUACGAUACAUUUCACACCAUUGCUGACAUGAUGUAUUUCUGUCAGACCCUGGCGUUAAUGGAGAUCAUGAAUUCACUGAUAGGACUAGUCAGAUCACCCCUGCUACCCGCUGUAGCACAGAUAUUUGGAAGAAACUUCAUUUUGUUUGUUGUCCUGGGAAGCUUAGAGGAAAUGCAGAGCAAACCUGUGGUGUUCUUUGUAUUUUAUUUCUGGAGUAUCAUUGAGCUGUUCAGGUAUCCCUAUUACAUGCUCUCGUGCAUUGGUAUUGAAUGGAAACCACUAACCUGGCUGCGUUAUACCGCCUGGAUCCCUCUCUACCCCUUAGGAGGCUUGGCAGAAGCUGUCUGCAUCAUUCAGUCCAUUCCAAUCUUCAGUGAAACAGGGAAAUUCAGCCUGGGAUUGCCAAACCCACUCAAUGUCACAAUCCAGUUUUCAUUUUUGCUUCAAGUAUAUCUUAUAAUCCUGUUUUUAGGGAUAUUUGUAAACUUCCGUCAUCUCUACAAGCAAAGGAAACAGCACCUCGGACCAAAGAAGAGAAAGGUGAAGUGAAGGAGGACUGCAAUGCUUUCUUACCUAACUUAUCUCAAGAUAAGCCUCUAAUUCUUAUGGUUUUACCCACUGUAAUGUAAAGAAUUUUGUAAAAUUCAAUGAUCACCCUAGAUCUCAUGAUUUCAGGUAGCAUUCCAUAUACUGUAUUUUGUUCUUUUCAAUCACUGUAUGCAUGGCACUUACCACUGAACAGCAACCUUUAAACUUGUAUCCUGUCAACUACCAUAUUAGAAAUCCUAUUAUCUGCAUAUAAUAUGCUUAUAAACAGUGGAGCAGCACUAAAUAGAAAUAGUGUGAAAUUGGAUAUUUGCUCUUUCAAUAUUGCAUGCAGAUAGGGCUUCUGAUGUCAGGAUAGACUAUUAGCUGGCCUAUGUUGUUCCCAGGGUGCAUCGUGAUGGCAGGAGGAGCACGUCUGAGACCACUGGGAACAGUGUUUGGGUGUUUAUUAACUGCUGGGGUAAACUUGCUCAGCACCUACCCUCCCCCUUUUCUUCUGCAGCAUCAGUUUGCUGCAGAGUUUAAACUGGAAGUAGCUAACGCAGAUUUAAAUGCUACCAACUUAGUUUCUAGCUUAGGAGUGCUGUGAGGACCCAAGCAACACACGUAUUCCUGUAGCAACACAUCCUAUCCCGUCAUUAGGGAAAGGAACCUGCCACUCUGUGAAAAGGUCAGAAAUGCAUUCCUGGUUGGUAAUGCAAGCACUGAAACAUAAGACAAUAAGGAAACAUAGGUCCCCUAAUAUGUAAACCCCAACAGAAAUCCAUUCCACCUGUGCAAAGCCUCCUUUGAUCGUUCCUGGCAGGGCUGUUGCUCCCACAUAUACAGCCUUCAGAAAGGCAGUAAGGGUUGCUUUUCUACUUAAACUUAGGGGUGCAGCAGAGAAGUUGGUGUAUAUACUUUGCUGGUUGGCCCCUGCCGAGGUGGAGUCAAAUAAGCCAUAUAUUGUGUAGAUAGCAUAUAUUAAAUCUUAAUAAGGGAUCUCCUACACAGGGUUUGAAGGGACCAUUUCCUCUAUGUUUGCUUCAAACAACAGAGAAGCUCACCCCACAUUCCAGAUCAUCUACUCACCUGGAAGCCUGUGUUGCAGGUGAUUUCAUUUCAGCAUGUCCUUUCUCACACCUUGCCUGCUGCAGUUACUCCAGAUCCCUCUGGCCUCCUUAAUCCAGUUUAGAACAUGUACAGGAAGUUUUGUCUAAGGCAUAUUGUGGUAAUCAGCAAGUUGCUUCACAACUGCCACUGCCCCAGGGCAAUGCAAAGCAAUGCCAGCAAUCCAGAACAGGCACUGAAGUUGAGAUUAGUUUAGUGCCAUGUUACUAUUCAUCUUCUACUGUAAAAUAGUCUGAAUCCUCCAGAAAAUUAUUUUCUAUAUUAAAGGAAACAAACAGCUUGCUAUCUGUGAUAGGGACCCAGUGACUGUUACUGUAAAGGAAAGGAAAUAGGGUUAUGAAAAGAUUUUAACACAACUGGUACAAGCUCCACGCUACAUUUCAUAAAGAGCUACAACUUCCCUUCAGGGACACUUGAGACUCUCUCAAAGGAGAGUGCAGCUUACUUUACUCAGGAGAGUUAAGCAUUACUUACACACUUAGUACUUAGCACACACUGUACCUGUGUGAAGUAUGUCAAAGGACUGAAUUAGCUGAGUAAUAGAACAGCAAGGAUCACUUCUUUUAAUUUCUCCACUGGGCAUUUACACUUCAGUUAUGAAUUCUGUAUGUAUUCAUGCACUGUAUUUCUCAGUGAAAUUGUGGUACCUAGUGCAAGCUGUCAUGGAUCUUACACUACUGAAUUUUAGCCCUUCAGAAAGAAUGUGUUUAUAUUAAUAAAGAUUUACAACCAAA